AUGGCGGACGGAGAGUAGAAUUCUUGCCUUGAAAACAGCUGAUAUUUUAUAUUGAACUGGUGUUUUGAUCGUCAAUUUAUAGUAAAAAAGAUGAAGUUUAAGGUUCAUAGAGUACGUUUUGUGGAUCAUAAACCCCAGGCCAUCCACUGCCUGGCGUUUGAAGAUGUGAAAUUCAGACCCCGUCUUGCUCUUUCGAGAGCUGACAGUAGUAUCGAAAUUUGGUGUCCAAGGUACAACUGGUCUCAACAGCUGAUCAUUCCAGGCUGUUCUGRUACUUCUGUAGAAUCACUAGUCUGGUGUGGAAACAGGUUAUUCUCUGGUGGUCUUCAUGGCGAUAUUACAGAAUGGGAUCUUGGCCGACUAGCACCCAAGGCAAUAUCUGGCUCACUGGGAGGAGCUGUGUGGAGCUUAGCUGUCAAUCAUGCCAAGACACACCUUGUGGCUGGUUGUGAAGAUGGCUCAACAAGAYUAUUUGAAAUACUACCAGAUGGCRGGUUGYUAUACRUCAGAUCUUUAGAUAAACAAGAAAAUAGAAUACUGUCUCUUAGUUGGCAUGUUAGYGACAAAAUUCUAGUUACUGGUUCAUCUGACAGUACAGUGAGAAUUUAUAAUAUUAAAACUGGACAAUGUACAUUAAGAAUUACUAUGGAAGAAUUUGAGACCAGAAGUACAUUGAUAUGGAAUGUCUAUAUAACAAAAAAUUUUACCAUAAUAACAGGGGAUUCUCUUGGUAAUACUCAGUUCUGGGAUGGAAAAACAGGGACCCUUGUUGAGAGUUAUAAAGCGCACAAAGCUGAUGUUUUGUCCUUYUGCAUCAAUGAGGGAGAGGAUACUCUAUUUUCAUCAGGAGUUGAUAGCAAUGUUGUGAGGUUCAAACUSACUGAAAGACCUGGACAUAAGCCAAAAUGGUUCAAGACAACUGCAAUGAGAAUGCAUACACAUGAUGUCAGRGCUUUGGCUAUACUGGAUUCAAAAGAUUUACUGGUAUCAGGAGGUGUUGACACAAAUCUUGGUGUGUACUCCUUAUCUAAGUUUACAGAAGCUAGCCAYAGAAGGAUUUCAUCAUUCCCACAACACCCUAUAAUCAGUCUCGCAUCAGAUGUGAAUAUCUUAAUGUACCAAUGGCAUGGAUUCUUGCAAUUCUGGAGACUCGGAUCAACAGAUAAAGACAGUACGGUACUUCAGUCGCAUCCUUUGCAGUUACUGCAAAUCAAUGCUAAGGGAGAUAACCAURUUAUGUGUAGUGCAGUGUCAUCUUGUUCAAAGUGGGUUGCAUACUCUGAUAUUGAGCACAUCAGUCUCUUCUCUGUGAGCAUGACAUCAGAGAGCAAGGAAAACUUCAAAGUGUCCAGAGUGYURCCGCUUCCUCCUGACCUUUUACCAGCACAAAGAAUGUGUUUUACUAAAGACGUUACAAUGUUAGUUUGCGCUACAAACCAGCACUCAAUACAGAUUUUGGACCUCAAUGAUGAAAUCACUCUAAACACGACUCUACAUUUGCCAGGAAACGAAAAAGAUCUUCCUGCAAUGCGACUGCUGGCAGUCUCUGAUGAUGGCAAAUGGACAGCCUGUGUUGAUAGUAAAAACGCCGUCAAUGUCUUCAACAUAAAAAGUGCCAAGCACCACUCCACACUUCCUACCUUCGAUAGCCAUGUCACAGCUAUGGCAUUUCAGCCUGGAACACAGUUCUUGGCUAUUGUAUGCGCUGAUAAACAGGUAUACAUUUAUAAUACUAGUGAAAGCAAGCUCACAGACUGGUCAAAGCAAKCGUCAAACAAUGGUUUACCCAAAGAUUGGACUCGAAGAUAUAGUAAGAUUGUCAACGUCGCUUUCAGUCCCUUAGAUGCAGACUUGAUGCUUCUACAGGACCACGAAAUGUUCACUGUGAUAAACCUGAAAAAGCCAUUACCAGAUCCAGAUAUUGUUUUAUUCAAGAAAUCUCAACAAGAUGCCAAUCGCAAAAGGACAGCAAGUUCUUCACUGGACGAGAAGGCAAAGGGAGCAAAAGAGGACGGAAAAGGCAAACAAAMAAAUAAGAAAAAGAAAGGCGGAAAGAAAAAAGAGCAGGAAGAAGAAGAAUGCAAAGAUUCAAGCGAGGAUUCUUUUAAAAUUUGUCAGAAAUACGAGUCGUUGUUGUAUACUGGUUUUGUCCAAGACGGCUCAUUAGUGGUAGUGGAAAGACCGUGGAUGAAAGUAUUGGAAUCGUUACCUCCGACGCUUUACCGAAAACGAUACGGAAAAUGUUAA